AUGACAACUCAAGGACCCAUCGCUGCAGCUCCGAUAGCUGAGGUACCUCUCCCAGACCCAGAUGUUGCCAAGUCAACCGUCGACAUCAAGACUGGAGAGUUAGCUCACGAGAACGACUUGACCUUUGAUCCGGCAGCACUCCAAGCGAAGUAUCUCCAGGAGCGUGACCGACGUUUAGCACGAGAUGAAGGCGUAGAGCAAUACACACUCCUUGAUGGUAGCUUGGCACACUAUCUAGAAGAUCCAUGGGUCGAGCCAGGAUUCAAACGUGACCCAAUCGAAGAAGAGACCGAGGUGGUGAUCAUCGGCGGCGGGUAUUGGAACAGGUAUCCUGGAGCGCAGUGCGAUAUCGAAUCCUACAUCUACAUGCCCCUGCUCGAGGAAGUCGGAUACAUGCCGACAGAGAAAUAUGCGCGUGCCAAAGAGUUGCUUAAACAUUCACGCAUGAUUGGCGAGAAAUACGAUCUCUACUCGCGUGCCUUAUUCCAGACCGAAAGCAAAGAGAUGCGAUGGAACGAAGAAGAGGGGAAAUGGACUACUCACACGGCGCGAGGCGAUAAGAUCAAAUCGAGAUUUGUGAUUCCUGCUGCGGGCCCUCUUCAUCGGCCAAAGUUUCCUGGCUUAAAAGGUAUCGAAGAUUUCAAGGGCCAUUCUUUCCACUCUUCGCGAUGGGAUUAUACUUACACGGGGGGCGAUUCCUCGGGUAACUUGCACAAGCUAAAAGACAAGCGCGUAGCUAUCAUCGGUACAGGUGCGACAGCCGUUCAGAUAGUGCCUCAUUUGGGAGAGUGGGCAAAGAAACUUUACGUCUUCCAGCGCACCCCUUCGUCGAUUGACGUUCGUGGUAAUCGCCCGACUGACGAGGCAUGGGCACAGUCGCUCCAGAAGGGAUGGCAGAAGAAGCGCAUGGACAAUUUCGACAACAUCGUCAACGGUGGUUACGAAGAAGUGGAUAUGGUAUCAGAUCGUUGGACAGAUAUCAUUCGGUCCUUGCUGACCGCUGGCAUCGACCCGAACAACCCGGUGGAAGCUGCAGCCAAACGUCAGAUCGCUGAUUUCAAGAAAAUGAAUGCUAUCCGCGCUCGAACGGAUGAGAUCGUGAAGAACAAGGAGACGGCUGAUGCGUUAAAGCCAUGGUACAACCAAUUCUGCAAGCGUCCCUGCUUCCAUGACGAAUACCUACCCACCUUCAAUCGCCCCAACGUCGAACUCGUUGACACCAAAGGUCAAGGUGUUGACCGCAUUACUCCUAACGGCAUUAUGGCAAACGGGCAAGAAUACGAAAUCGAUUGCCUAGUGUACGCCACUGGCUUCGAACUCGCAAACGAAUGGUCGCACAAGACCGGCAUCGAGAUCUAUGGCCGCGACAAUACAACCAUCACCGAGAAGUGGGCCGAAGGCGCUCAAACACUUCAUGCUUGGGGAACACGGAACUUCCCAAACUGCUUGUUCGUUCAGAUCGUUCAAGGGGCCCUGACACCGAACUUCAUGCACGUCACCAACGAACAAGCGAUCCACUAUGCGUACAUCAUAUCUGAAUGUAAGAAACGUGGGUUCAGGACUAUAGAGCCGACAAAGGAAGCGGAGGAAGGGUGGACACAGACGAUCGUUGAUGGAACUGCUAUCCGGGGCGACUUUCUGAAGGAGUGCACGCCAGGGUAUUACAACAAUGAGGGCAAGGCGAGCGAGAGUGCUAAGAGGAAUGCGACCUAUGGGUAUGGAAGCCCGGCCUUCAUCAAAAUCUUGACUGAUUGGAGGGAGGAGGGCGGGAUGAAGGGCGUGGAUGCUACGUACGCCAAGGAGUAG